AUGGCUCGCCGGCGUCGAAAAAAACCCUCCGGCAGGAACGACAAUAACUACAUUCGCGAAUCUGACACCUCUACAUGCACCUUCCUCCAUUCCGCCAUGCCACAUCCCCCUUCCCGUAACCACCUUCCCCCAUCCACCUUCCCCCAUUCCGCCAUGCCUCAAUUCCCUUCCCGCAACCACCUUCCCCCAUUCCGCCCUCCCUCAUCCCCCUUCCCCCAUUCCACCUUCCCCCAUUCCGCCUUGCCUCAUCCCCCUUCCCCCAUUCCACCUUUCCCCAUCCACCAUCCCCCAUUCCGCCUUGCCUCAUCCCCCUUCCCCCAUUCCACCUUCCCCGAUCCACUUUCCCCCAUUCCGCCAUGCCUCAAUUCCCUUCCCGCAACCACCUUCCCCCAUUCCGCCAUGCCUCAUCCCCCUUCCCCCAUUCCACCUUCCCCCAUUCCGCCAUGCCUCAAUUCCCUUCCCGCAACCACCUUCCCCCAUUCUGCCUUGCCUUAUCCACCUUCUCCCAUCCACCUUCUCCCAUCCACCUUCUCCCAUCCGCCUUCCCCCAUCCACAUGCCCCCUUCCGCCUUACACCAUCCGCCUUGCCCCCUUCCCCCUUACCCCAUCCACCGUCCCCCAUCCACCUUCUCCCAUCCACCUUCUCCCAUCCACCUUCUCCCAUCCACCUUCUGCCAUCCACCUUCUCCCAUCCACCUUCCCCCAUCCACGCACCCUCAUUCCGCCUUGCCCCAUACACCUUCCCCCAUCCGUGCUGCCGCAUCCACCUUCCCCCAUCCACCUUUCCCCAUCCACCUUUCCCCAUCCACCUUUCCCCAUCCACCUUUCCCCAUCCACCUUUCCCCAUCCACCUUUCCCCAUCCACCUUUCCCCAUCCACGUUUCCCCAACCUCCUUGCCCCCACCUCCCUGCCCCUAUCCACCUCCCCACAUCCGCCUUGCCCCAUCCUCCUUUGCCCAUCCUCCUUGCCGCAUCCGCCUUCCUCCAUCCGCCUUUCCCCAUCCUCCUUCCCCCACCCACCUUGCCUCAUCCACCUGCCCCUAUUCACCUUCCCCCAUCUGCCUUGCCCCCUUCCGCAUUGCCCCCUUCCGCCUUGCCCCAACCACCAUUGCCUACACUGGGCUUCCCCUGCCCUAG